GCGUCCAGCCAGCCUGCGCCGGUUCCUGGAUCAACUGCAGCACUGAAACACGAAGCCUUCCCCCACACCACCAGACGACCUCUCCCCGCGGAGGCGCGCCCUUCGACACGACGCGAGAUGGUCUGAGACGGCGAAGGAGCACAGCAGACAGCGCAGCGAUGGACGUGCCGCCGGUCAAGCUGUCGGAGCUGCUCCGGCACCCGGACGACCUCGACAAGAUCGCGGCGCUCAAGGCCGAGUUCUCACGCAAGAAGGCCGCCGUCGACUCGCAGCUGCGCGCCGGCCUGCGCGAGCAGCUCGAGACCAUCCAGGCCGGCAUGAACGGCCUGACCGACGGCCAGAAGACGGUGCAGCAGGUCAAGGACGAGAUGAUCAAGAUCGACAAGAUCUGCUCCGAGUCGCAGACCAUGAUCACCGAUUUCGCCACCAUCAACCUCGUGUCGCAGGCCCACCGCAACUUCGGUGCCGUCGAGACCAUGCGCCACAACCUCGAGACCUUCAACGACCGCCUCGCCGCCAUCCAGGAGAUGCUGCGCCGCGACGACGAGGACGCCGAGAACAUGCCGAACCUGCUGGCCGUGCACUACGAGCUGACCCAGCUGCGCAACAUCCGCGACGACGCCAUGGAGCAGAUCCAGCGCGCCGACGACCCGAGCCUGCAGUCCACCCUGGAGGACUACUUUGAGCGCCUGGAUGAGGCCAUCGAGUGGUUCGACGAGCACAUCAACCUGGUCGCCCGGAGCCUCAUCAACCUCGUCAUCACGGACAACACCAGCCUGGUCGUGCGCUUCGCCCUGAUUAUCGAGGCCGAGGAGAAGAGCGACCAGCGGGUGCUGGCGCUGCAGGAGGCGCUCAAGGACCACAAGGAGAUGGCCACGCGGUUCCAGAGCAUCACGGACGGCGCCAAGACGGUGCGGGGUUACAAGGACAAAUUUCUCGAAGCCAUCCGGACGAUCGGCCGGGGCCAGUUUGAUCAGAGCAAGCAAGAGUUCUUGGCAGACCCGGCCGAGCUGGAGAAGAGCCUGCGGUGGUACUUCAACGACCUCAACACGGUCCGCCUCGGCAUGGUGCAGCUGAUGCCCAAGAAGUGGAAGAUCUUCCGGACGUGGACCAACAUCUACCACGGCAUGAUGCACGACUUCCUCGUCGGCCUCAUCGACGACCCCGCGACCUCGUCGGCGCACACGCUGGAGAUCGUCGGCUGGCCCGAGAAGUACUACCGCAAGAUGAGCAAGCUCGGCUUCAAGCAGGAGGAGCUGACGCCGCACGUCAUCGACAACCGCGAGACCGAGCUCGUGCGCGACUUCCGCGCGCUCAUCAUCAAGUUCCUCGACGAGUGGAUCGGCCGCAUCUGGGCCCAGGAGGAGAAGGACUUCGCCGACCGCUGCGUCGAGGGCGGCAACCUCGACCAGGACGAGUACGGCUACUUCCGCAACAAGAACCUGGUCGACCUGUGGCGGAUGCUGCGCGGCCAGCUCGACGCGGCGGCCAACUCGAAGCGCGCCGACGUGGCCGAGGGCGUGGUGGACGCCAUGUUCCAGCGGCUGCGCCAGCGCCAGCAGUCGUGGCAGAAGAUGCUCGAGGACGAGGCGGCCCGGUACGAGACGGGCAAGGUGGCGGACCUCGAGGGAUUCCAGCCGCUGCAGGACUGGCUGGUGGCGACGGCCAACGACCAGAUCGCGUGCAUCGACGACAACGAGGACGAGGGCCGGGUGUCCUACCUGAGCGACUUCCGCAAGAAGUUCAGCGCGCUCGUCACGCCGCAGUACAUGGACCGCGCCGAGGCCGAGGUGGCCGCGCUGCGCGACGGCUACCUGGACCUCAGCACCUGGUGCAUCACCAAGUUCGCCCAGCUCGUCUUCGCCGUCGACUUCAAAUCCGUCAUGCCCGACUUCUUCACGCCGCGCUGGUACACGACCACGGCGAUGGCGCGCAUGAUCGCUACCUUCGACGAGUACGUCGCCGACUACCGCCAGGUGCUGCACCACUCGCUCGUCGACAUCUUCAUCGAGAUCUUCGCCGACGAGCUGCUGAUCCGGUACCUGUCGGCGGUGCGCAACAAGGGCGCCAAGUUCCGCCGGUCGGACCAGUUCCAGGACAAGAUCUUCGACGACCUCAAAACGGCCUUCGACUUUUUCAACAGCCUGCCGAACCCGGCGGUCGGCAACUCCAUCAAGGAGACGUGGCGCGUCACCGAGCCGUUCCUGCAGCUGCUGUCGGUCGAGAAGGAGGCGGUGCCAGACGCCUUCGCCGCCUUCAAGGCGCGGUACUGGGACCUGCAGAUCAGCUGGGUCGAGGCCGUGCUGCGGUCGCGCGACGACUUUGAGCGAAGCAUGCUGAACGCCGUCAAGGCGCGGGCUGCGCAGAUGGAUGUGGCCCGCGGCCCGGAGACGAUCAUGAGCAAGGUGAAGUGAUGUGCCGUGUACUGUAAUGAAUGAUUAUGAUGUCACGAGGGUCCGCGGUGGUGACCGGUUGUGUCUCCUGCAACCCCUUACGGUGGUGAGCCGCAGGGUUUCCCCGGGCAACUGCCCAAUCAGGCAAUUGAGUAAACACAGCGGGUGGCGUCGUCUCCCGCGCU